AUAUUACAAUUAAUAAAGACCAAAGUAACCUCUUGUUAUUAUGCUAUUAAGUCUUUUAAAUUUCCAGUGAACAAGUGUGUUGUUCAUUAAGGAAAAUAACAUUUUAAGUUUAAAAUUCGUUUUUGGUGCACGUAUAUAUGAACUAUUGGUGUGAAAUUUAAGCGUUUUGUCCAAAAUUAGAUAGGCCUGAUAAAAUCGUCAUAGCCACGCUUUCGAGUACUUGACGUCCUCGAGUUUCAACACAGCAGAAAUAAAACGAAGCGAAAGAAUGAUGCAGAAUGGAACAACAGAUAGUCAAAAGUCUCAAGAGUAUCAUCAAAACUUCUCAAAAGCAGAACUUAGAAAGAAGCUAACUCCAAUGCAGUAUGUAGUAACUCAAGAAAAAGUCACAGAAAGGGCAUUUACUGGUGAAUACUACAAAUUAAAAGAUACUGGAGUUUAUGCCUGUGUUGUUUGUGGAGAGGAAAUUUUUUCAUCAGAGACCAAGUAUGAUUCUGGAUGUGGCUGGCCCACAUUCUGGGAUGUCAUCAAUAGUAACAAAGUUUCACUGAAAACUGAUUUUUCCCAUGUUGGAAACAAUCUUUUGCUACUCGCUACAAAAGGUAACAUUGGGAGGACAGAAGUGUCAUGUAGGAAGUGUGGUGGACAUCUUGGCCAUCUGUUUGAUGAUGGGCCUAGACCAACAGGGAAUCGGUAUUGUAUCAAUUCAUCUUCGUUAAAUUUUAAAGGAAGUGAAACAACUCAAAAUAGGCCUACUGAAAAUAACCAACAGUAAGAUAAUUCAAAAGAUACAUAUUCUUUUACAACAGCUACUUCCACAUAUAUAUAUGUAUAUAUAUAUAUAU